GUGCAGCCGGGAGGAGCAGGCGGCGGAAGGUGGGGAUUGAUGCUUCUGUGUUUUGUUGCCCUCGCGCCGGGAGCCGAGCCGGAGGGAAGGCGGAGGAGAGAUGAUGGCAGAGUUGGUGAGCAGCGCUCUGGGGCUCGCCUUGUAUCUCAACACCCUGAGUGCGGAUUUCUGCUACGAUGACAGCCGUGCUAUCAAGACCAACCAGGACCUUCUCCCGGAGACUCCAUGGACACAUAUUUUCUACAAUGACUUUUGGGGUACACUUCUGACUCACAGUGGCAGCCACAAAUCCUACCGGCCACUCUGCACUCUUUCUUUUCGACUGAACCAUGCCAUUGGAGGGUUGAACCCCUGGAGUUACCAUCUGGUUAAUGUCCUAUUGCAUGCAGCAGUCACUGGACUCUUCACAAGCUUCUCCAAGAUCCUCCUAGGGGAUGGAUACUGGACCUUCAUGGCUGGCUUGAUGUUCGCCUCUCACCCCAUCCACACUGAGGCAGUAGCUGGCAUUGUCGGAAGGGCCGACAUUGGGGCCAGUCUCUUCUUUCUCCUCUCCUUGCUCUGCUACAUCAAGCACUGUUCUACAAGAGGCUGCUCUGCCAGGACUUGGGGCUGGUUCCUGGGCACGGGGCUGUGUGCUGGGUGCAGCAUGCUGUGGAAGGAACAAGGAGUGACUGUUCUCGCAGUUUCAGCCAUUUAUGAUGUCUUUGUCGUUCACAGGCUGAAAAUGAAACAGAUCUUACCUACCAUUUACAAAAGGAAGAACUUAUCUCUUUUCCUCAGCAUCAGCUUGCUAACUUUCUGGGGGACCUCCCUUUUGGGGGCCCGGUUAUACUGGAUGGGAAACAAACCACCAAGCUUUUCCAACUCAGACAAUCCAGCAGCUGACUCGGACAGCCUCUUGGCUCGCACGCUCACCUUCUGCUAUCUGCCCACCAAGAACCUCUGGCUAUUGCUCUGCCCAGAUACUCUCAGCUUUGACUGGUCAAUGGAUGCUGUGCCUCUGCUCAAAACCAUCUGUGAUUGGAGAAACCUACACACUGUGGCCUUCUAUACUGGACUCCUCUUCCUUGCCUACUAUGGUUUGAAGAGCCCAAGCACAGACAGAGAAUACAAUGGGAAAGCCGUCACAAAUGGCAAACAGAAUGCUAACGGCCAUAGCUGCCAUACAGAUGUGGAGUACGGGAACUCCGAGAUUAAGCCCAACUUUGCAUCCAAAGUAGAAAAUGGCAUUAAAAACACAGUGUCACCAAGAACGCAGCUCCCUUCUACAGAGAACAUUGUUGUUCUGUCCUUAUCUUUGCUGAUAAUACCCUUUAUUCCUGCUACGAACCUGUUUUUCUAUGUCGGCUUUGUAAUUGCCGAGCGAGUAUUAUAUAUUCCUAGCAUGGGCUUCUGUCUCUUGAUUACAGUGGGUGCCAGAGCCCUGUAUGUCAAAGUCCAAAAACGCUUUCUCAAGACCUUGAUUUUCUAUGCUACAGCCACAUUAAUUGUUUUCUAUGGACUGAAAACUGUGAUCAGGAACAGAGACUGGCAGAAUGAAGAAAUGCUCUAUAGGUCAGGGAUAAAAGUGAACCCAGCAAAAGCAUGGGGUAACCUUGGAAAUGUUCUGAAGAGUCAGAGCAAAAUUUCUGAAGCUGAAAGCGCCUACAGAAAUGCUUUGUACUAUCGCAGCAACAUGGCCGACAUGCUUUAUAACCUAGGGUUACUACUACAGGAGAAUAGCAGGUUUGCAGAAGCACUGCAUUACUAUAAACUGGCUGUGGGGAGUAGACCUACUUUGGCUUCUGCAUAUUUAAAUACUGGCAUUAUUUUAAUGAACCAAGGGAAGACAGAAGAAGCCCGACGUACAUUCCUAAGAUGUUCUGAGAUUCCAGAUGAAAACCUGAAGGACCCUCAUGCACAUAAGAGCUCGGUCACCAGCUGUCUGUACAACCUGGGGAAACUCUAUCACGAGCAGGGACGCUAUGAGGAAGCCCUGAGUGUAUACAAGGAAGCAAUUCAGAAAAUGCCACGGCAGUUUGCACCACAGAGCUUGUAUAACAUGAUGGGUGAAGCAUAUAUGCGACUCAGCAAACUGCCCCAAGCAGAGCAUUGGUACAUGGAGUCCCUGAGGUCCAAGACUGACCACAUCCCUGCUCAUCUCACCUAUGGGAAACUACUAGCUCUAACGGGUCGUAAGAGUGAGGCUGAAAAGUUCUUCUUGAAGGCCAUUGAGCUGGAUCCUACCAAAGGAAACUGUUACAUGCAUUAUGGUCAGUUUCUUCUAGAAGAAGCCCGCCUCCUAGAAGCAGCCGAGAUGGCUAAAAAAGCAGCUGAGCUAGACAGUACAGAGUUUGAUGUGGUCUUCAAUGCUGCACACAUGCUCAGACAGGCCAGCCUCAAUGAAGCAGCUGAGAAGUAUUAUGACCUGGCAGCCAGGCUGAGGCCUAAUUACCCUGCGGCCCUGAUGAACCUGGGGGCCAUUCUGCAUCUCAAUGGCCGGCUCCAGAAGGCUGAAGCCAACUACCUUCGUGCUCUGCAGCUCAAGCCCGACGAUGGCAUCACUCAGUCCAACCUCCGUAAACUAUGGAACAUCAUGGAAAAGCAGGGCUUAAAGACGUCCAAGACCUGACAGAGGGGGCUCGAACCUGUUCUCCUCUGCUGUUGAAACCCUGGCUUCGUGAAAAGCAGAACUUUUCUGACAGUGCCACAGUCAAAGCUCACUUUGGACUGCAGGCCCAGGGCAGAGGUCACUGCCUCUUCUGGGGGCGUCCACUUUGCUCUUGGCACAGCUGUCAACACCAAAAAGGGGAGCAUGGGCAGCACUCCCUCCCAGGAUGUAAUUGCUGCCCAUAGACUGCAAACCAGAGCACUUAAGACGGACCUUUUAGCAUUCUUAACAGGGAGGAGGGUGUCUAAGUUACAGAUUUUGUUCAUUUUUCUUUUUGAAAGCUAAUUUGAAAUCUUAUUCCUUUAACACUGUGAGAGGAAGUCAGAGCAGCCACCCAGCCACGGUGAACUCAAGGUGAAGUGUUAACAGGGAGCGAGUCAGGCAUUGUGUGAAUCCCAGUGAGCCAUGGGUUGUCCUAACGCUGCUGUCUUCUCUCUUUGGGACAGCCUGCUUAUCAAUUUCUGAAGCGUAGAAAACUUCUGUCAAGUCUUGUGCCAGGAUCUGUGAGAACCUGCAGCUGUUUCUUGACUAGUACACUUAAGUGUUUCAUGAUUUGGGUGUCGCAGGAUUCACUCUUGAAAAUGAUUUGCCUUUCAUAUUCCAAAAAGAAUGUGUAGCAGGGAGCUAACUAUACUUCAUGCUGGCAUUGUUCCGGCUGGGGAGGCGUUGUGUGUUGUCACAUACGCAUUUUUUUUUUUAUUUUAAUGUUGUCAAUAUUUCUCCUAGAACUUCCCAUUAGAAGUCAUAAUUUUAAUUCUUUCGAAAUUUCCAUUUAACAUAGUAAUUCUUGAUUAAUGUAGCUGCUUACAUAAGGCAAAAGCAACAGAAAGUUUCUAAGUGUUCCAGUUUAGAUAACUAACUGACACAAAAGGGGAGACCUGUGUGCUCCCAGAUCAUAGCAGUGGGAACAAGCCCAUGCAAAGGACAGCAUGAUGUUAGCUUCCAAUGGGUUUAUGUUUGGAAAGAACUGGUGUGAAAUGCUAAUCAGCUUCUAUGUCACCUAAACAGCAGUACAGAUAAAUCAAGGACUUAUGUUUUGGUCUUCCUGCCAAGAUGUCAAAAAUAAUUUACUUUAGACUGUAGCCUUAGCCUGGAUAUGUCUAGGUCUUCUGCCAGUUACUUUUCCUCAGCUCAAGACUAUGUUUCACUAGCAAAUUGAGGAUCUUAUUCCAUUACCUGUUAUGAACCAUGAGUAAAAGAUUAUAGAUGAAGUACUGAAAACAAAACAAAACAUUUUGGGGGGCUUGGCCACAAACUUUGGUACUAAAUUUUAAUUUUGUAAAAUAUCAAUCUAUUAUCAACUCCCUUAUAGAGAAAUUAGAUAUUUUAAACCUUACAUAUUUAUUUAUUUAUUACCCUACCUAGCAGAAUAACAAGAAAAAAACCCUUGAGUCAUUAAGUCAGUUAUGGCUUUCCCUUCCCUUUAACACUCCAUGUAUAUAUAUAUAUGAUGAACGUUUCCAUUAAAGAGAAGCUGGACAUACAAUCACAAAUACUCCAUAUUAUGUUUUCAUCAUGUAUUGUAUGCUGUGUUAUAUGCUGAAUACAGUGGGAUAAAGAAUUUAAAGUAGUGUUUCUAUUGCAUUAGUCUCUUUGUGAGGACAGAUGUAGUGAGAGAGAUUUUCUGAUGGAACUAAUAAGAAGGCUUUCCUAUAAUAUGUAUAGUAUUUUGUAAACAUUUCACUCAAGGGCCAAAAGUUAAGUUAUAACUAAAUCACUGUGUUUUCAGAAUAAUAUUUAACAACAAUAAACCCAUGGUAAACCAGAAUAGUGGGUUGAAGUAUAAAAGUAUAAAGUUCAUGAAGUAUGAACUUUUCAUGUUCUAACACAUUGGCAAUUGCAACAAAGGAAUCUAAUAUAAGGCUAUAAGGAUAAGUUCAAUGUCUAACAUGUUUAUUUAUUUAAAUAGUUAAUGUUGUGAGGACUUCCUAAUCUUUGCAUUUAUGUCUUUGCUGAUACUGCUCUUCUUGCCCAACACUUGCUUCUUAAUAGGUUCACUGAAUGCACAGUAGAGGCACCUCACGGGACUCGCUUCCCAAGCAUCAUAAAGAAUUGGGCCUGCGUCAUAAAACGCAUGGAUUUUUAAUAACUAAAUGACCCUGACACAUUUCACUAUAGGGCUGGACUUAGUAACUGACCACCUCUGGGGAGGGGUAAAGGGUGGGGGAGGUUUAGAACAUGAUCAAAAAUGUCUCUGCUCAGGGAUUUAUGGUGGAUCAUUGCAGACAGUGCUAAAAAUAUAGAGCACAAGACAAGUUUACUAAAUUAAAAUUUUAUUUUUUGAGAAACUUAUUUGUAUAAAUUAUCAAGAUUUGUAGGCUUUCCUUUUGUAGAAAUAAUUGUUUUAUGUGCCAGAGAAUUUCAAUUUUGUUUUGAACAAUAAAGCAUUGAUAAAAAAUA